AUGUUGAAGAAGCCUAAAUCCAUUUUAUAUGUGACGGAAUUGAGUCUUGCUGAACACUUCCAUAUCCCCAAGAAAGUCUGUAUCCCUCAGGUUUCAGAAACUGAUGACACAUCUCAAACACUUAAAGAUACAAAGAAUAAAGCUGCACUUGGAUAUGUUCCAGUCCCUUUACGAUUUAUUCCCUUUGGCCCUGGGCGCUACCCUUGUCAUAUUUUGUUGACAUCAAGGUAUGAUGUUCGUGCCUAUCAUAUUGAAGGUAUUGUGAAUGACAAAUGUGCAGAAGCCAAAUUUGAAUUCAUCACACCGGCAUUUAAACCUCUUACGCAAAACAUCCCAAUAAGUAACAGAACAAAGAAUGAAUGGAGAUGUAAAGUUACCAUAAAAGGGGACUGGUUUUAUGGACCUUCCAUCCUAAACAUCAAGCCAGGAGAAACUGCACAGUAUCCUCUCACAUUCAAACCUGUUUUGGCUUGUGAGGUUACGGGCAGACUUAUUCUACAAAAUGAAAUAGAUGGUGUGAAGCACAUCUUUGAUGUGAAAGGUAUUGGAAGGCAACCUCAAGCCUUGGAACAUGUCAUUAUCAACUGCCAAGUAGGGGAGACAACCAAUAAAUCCCUAAUGGUUCCCAAUUAUGCACAGACUUCCAUAACAUAUGAGGUUCCUUGA